AAAAAUUCUUAAACAUCUAUAAACUCUUACUUUGCUCAAAUGUUCUAUAUGAACUCAUUCAUUUUGGACUCCCUCGGCAGAGCGCCCUCUGGUGGUGUAACACAGACCACACAUGGUCAAAGACCAAUCAGUAACGCCCAUUUCUGCACCUCUCGCGAUAUUUGAUGUGUCGCUGCAGAUCUGCAAGGUCACUCAUCAUCCGGACCAGCAUGUCUGAAAAACCUGUAACUCCUCAAUCUAAUGUCUUGGCUAUCAAUUCAAAACCCCACAAAGACUGUAUCCUUAAUAAAUUUGACACCUUUAGAAAGAGGGAAAUUCUUUGUGACAUAACUCUCAUUGUGGAGGACGUGCACUUCAAGGCACACAAGGUUCUAUUGGCUGCAAGUAGUGAAUAUUUCUCCUUAAUGUUCACUGCAGAAGACCAACUUAGUCAGUCCAUCUAUAGGUUAGAUGGCAUGUCUGCAAAGACCUUUGCAUCUGUGCUGGAGUUUAUUUAUAGUGCAACUGUGUUGGUGGAGGAGAACAACACUGAGCAGCUGCUUGAUGUAGCCCGUUUACUGGACAUCAGUGAUUUAGUUAAAGCCCAUGCAGAACUUCACUUGAGCAGCUCAGCCACAGUGCUGGAUGAUUCUUCAGAGAGUGUAGGUGGCGACACAAGCACAGCUGGGAUCCAACCGAAGCGGAAAAGAGGACGGCCUAGGAAGAACACUAACACGCCAUCAUCAGCCAUAGAGGUUCUGGACAAAAAGCAGGAUGGGUCUCCAGCUGAACCACAGAAUAGAAGCAGCAAACAAACAACUGUGGAUUCUUCUGUGAAAGCUUCUGUAGAAGCUGAAGAACCCAUUCAAAGGGACUCGGAUAAUGCUGAUUAUGACCCAAAUGAGGACAAAGCACGACACAGCAAACGUAAAAUUAGGCAGCCUGCAAAACUUAAAAGCUACAAGGUGGGAAGCGAGAUUAGUGAAGGAACAUUGCAAGGAAAACGAGGACGAAAACGGAAAUAUCCAGCCACAGAGCCACGCUGUGAUGACUGCAGCAAAGUUUUUAAAAACCAUCUGUUUUUAAAAAUACAUCAACGAACCCACACAGGUGAAAAACCUUUUAAGUGCCAUGUUUGUGGGAACUGCUUUACACAGAAACACACACUGUUGGUUCAUCAGCGCAUGCACACUGGCGAGAAGCCGUUUGUGUGCAGCAUUUGCUCCAAAGCUCUUUCCACCAAGCACUCGCUGCAGGAGCAUAUGAAUCUUCAUACAGAACAGAAAUCCUUCAGUUGUGACCAAUGUGGGAAAACCUACAGUCAAAAGAGGCAAUUAAAAAGCCAUUACCGUAUUCAUACAGGCAAAGCACUGCCUGAAUGUUCAUACUGUCAUCACAAAUUUCUGGAUGCAGCACAACUGAAAAAGCAUCUAAGGACACACACAGGUGAGAAGCCCUUCACAUGUGAGAUUUGUGGAAAGUGUUUUACAGUAAAGAGCACACUGCAGACACACAUCAGAAUCCACAGGGGAGAAAAGCCAUACACAUGCAACAUCUGCAACAAGUCCUUUUCUGAUCCGAGUGCUAGAAGACGUCAUGUAGCUUCUCACACAGGGAAAAAGCCCUUCACCUGCUCUGUUUGCAGUCUGCCAUUUGCCCGGCUGGACAACCUGAAAGUGCAUGUAAAAACUCACAGCAAGGAGCGUCCGGGUACAGAGAAUACCGAAACAACCGUGGUGGAGACCCCAGCAGAGACUCAAGAGAUGCACAGCAUCCUCCAGCUGCAGCAGUACCAUCCAGAUCAGGAGAUCCAGCUUGUGGUCACCAGUGAAGUGGAGGACAUUAACCUGGUCCAGGGCCAGAAGCCGGCCAUCAGUAUCAUCACAGCUGAAGGUACCCCUGAGGAGCUGACUGCAACCGGACAAGCCCACUCCAGCCUCACUCUACUCACCCAGCCUUCAGAGCAUGUCCAGAACCUGGCACUGGUUACUCAGGACGGACUGGACCCCAACAGCCAGAUCCAGACAAUCAGCGUGGUAGAAGGCCAGGUGAGUAGCGAGCAGUCGGAGCAAAUGCACGUCAUCACACUGACCAAAGAGGCUAUGGAACAUCUACAGGUUCAGCAUACAGCUCCACAGCAGCUGCAGGUGAUCCAGCAGGGCAUACCACAGCUUUCAGUGACACAGGAGCCCACUGCUGCGGAGGGGGAUCUCAAUAGAGCGCAUCAUGGCCAAGGCCACACUGGAGCCAUCCACAUCAGCAGCCAAACCAGCCAGCCAAUCUCCAUCAGCCAGACCAGUGAGCAGAUCCCCAGUGGUCAGAUUCAGGGACAGACAUUUCAGAUUCAGGCAGGAACUGUCUCAUACCUCUAUACCACUAGCCUGGCUCCACAGAACUGACUGUUUUCUUUCAUUAGACAUGUAGAAGCUGUAGUGAUAUUAUAUAACAUAUUACAUCACAAAAAAAAAGAAUAACAAAACAAAUGAUGAGAAAUGAUUGAUUGUCAAACACAGUACAUACAUUAGGCAAAUGCAUUAUCUGCAUAACAUUUAAAUUGAUAAGUUUUAUAUUCUGGUGUGGAAAUGCAAUCAAAAUAUUUGGUGAAAUUUAAACACAGUGACACCGUGCUUAUUUGUGACCCAGUCUUAGGUGUUGGUGUGUUCUAUAAGGAUUAGGUGAUGCUGUUCUGUCUGGUAGGCUCGGUAACAUUUCUGCAAUCUCUGUACGAAGGCGUCGUGGGGCCUGUGAAUGAGGGCAAAAUAGUUUUAAAAUCAGCUAAAGUGAACUAAUCUCUAGACUGUUUAUGGUUUUACAAAUAUGUUCAUGCAAGUUAAGCUUUGUUUUGUAAACUCAGUAAAAUGUGCUUACUGUUUUUGGUCUCUCAAGCAGUGUUCCAGAGUCUCUUGAAGCUGUCUUUGGUCUAAGUGCAGUCUCAGUGUCAGUGUCUUCAGAUGUGCUGUCUGUAAAGCCAUUAACUUUUAAAUGAGGAGAAAGAAAACAAAAAACCGACAAUUUUCUGUAUUUUAUUAUAAAUGCAAUAUAAAAAUAAUUUUACAUCA